UUAGAUGGGGAGAUGCCGGGAGGCUGGAACGCCUCCUCUGACAGCCCAGAGCUGCGAGCUGCAGGGAUUAUUGUGCCCGUCAUCUUCUCUUUCAUCUUCCUCCUGGGGACUGUGGGGAACGGGCUGGUGCUGGCCGUGCUGCUGCGGAAUAGACAAAUCAAGUACAAUACCACCAACCUCUUCAUCCUUAACCUGGCCAUGGCUGACCUGUGCUUCAUCGUCUGCUGCGUCCCCUUCCAGGCUACCAUUUAUACCCUGGAUGGAUGGCUGUUUGGGGCGUUUGCCUGCAAGGCUGUGCAUUUCCUGAUCUACCUCACCAUGUAUGCCAGCAGCUUCACGCUGGCUGCCGUCUCCAUUGACAGGUACCUGGCCAUUCGCUAUCCACUGAAGUCCCGGGAUCUCCGCACCUCCCGAAACGCAGGAAUGGCCAUUUUAGCAAUCUGGUCGCUGUCGCUGUUCUUCGCAGGGCCUUACCUCAGUUACUACCAGAUUGUCCAUUACCACAGGGUGCCUAUCUGCGUCCCCAUCUGGGAGGACCAGCGACGAAAGAUUCUGGACAUCCUCACAUUUGUCUUUGGAUACCUCCUGCCCGUGAUCGUGGUGAGCCUGGCAUAUGCCAGGACCAUCAAGUUCCUGUGGACCUCCAUAGACCCCAUAGAAAGGAUCUCGGAGUCCCGGAAGGCCAAGUGUAAGGUCACCAAGAUGAUUGUGGCUGUGGCCAUCCUGUUCUGUCUCUGCUGGCUGCCCCACCACCUGGUCAUCCUGUGCUUCUGGUUUGGCCACUUCCCCUUCAACCGAGCCACUUAUGCUUGCCGCCUGGCUUCCCACUGCCUUUCGUAUGCCAACUCCUGCCUCAACCCCAUUGUCUACGCCCUCAUCUCCAAGCAUUUCCGCAAGCGUUUCAAGCAGGUCUUCACCUGCCUCUUCUUCCAGAACAAGACCAGGAAGAAGAAGAAGAGAGUUGGAAAAAAAGUCCACGUGGUCCACGUGGGCAAAGGUCUCACCAACAGCACCAGAGGUUUCUAUGGAGGCAACACUGAGGUGACCCACGUCCCAGAGGAGAACACCAGGAAGAGGCACCCUGAAGGUGCCAGUUAUGAUGCCAGAGCAUGGACUCACCAGCUACAAGAUGCUAUGGUCUCUGUGCAGAAGGAGCUGCUGGAGGAGAAAAGUUUGGCAACAGCUGGCCAUCCUCUAGCCAUGACACCUACAAGAGGAACUGAGGAGUUUCUGACUGUUCAUUACAGAUGA